AUGCAGCCCAUUGAUCAAGGCAUUAUUCGAUCUUUAAAGGCUAAAUAUAGUUCUGUCGCAGUCAAAAAGCUAAUACAUGCCUUGGAAAAGAAAAUGCUGUUACCAACCUUCUCUAUUCUUAACGCCAUGUUUAUGCUGAAAAAAGCGUGGGAUGCUGUUCCCAAUGCUUCAUUCACCAACUGUUUUCGAAAGGCUGAUAUCUCUGUCGAAGCAGCAGAAAGUGCUGUCAAUAAUGACGACAACCCUUUUGUAUGUCUUGAAACCGAUGACGAGGAAAUGUAUGAAACGCUGAAUACUGAUCUUAAUUACCUUCAGGCGAACUUUGGUGAGCGGAUCGGAAUUGGUCUCACACCUGACGACUACAUCGAUUUUGAUUAG